CUUUGCCUCUCUCUCUCUACUUUCUCUCUCUUCUUCUUUCAAAACGCCCAAAUUACUACCUGCCCAAUAUCCCACCCACCCACCCCCACAAACAAGUUUGUUUCUGUAUUCACUUCUCUCCUCCUCCUCUCUCUCUCUCUCUCUCUCUUAGCCUGGUUAUUGUUCUUUUAUGUUCAUCAAUGGCUUCAAGUGCUUCAAGGUUCAUCAAAUGUGUGACGGUUGGUGAUGGGGCUGUUGGGAAGACUUGUAUGCUUAUCUGCUAUACCAGUAACAAAUUCCCAACUGAUUAUAUACCUACUGUAUUUGAUAACUUCAGUGCAAAUGUGGUUGUUGAAGGAACCACUGUCAACUUAGGUCUCUGGGACACAGCUGGACAAGAGGAUUACAAUAGAUUGAGGCCCUUGAGCUACCGAGGGGCAGAUGUUUUCGUCUUGGCUUUCUCACUAGUUAGUCGUGCAAGCUACGAAAAUGUGUUCAAAAAGUGGAUCCCUGAACUUCAGCAUUAUGCCCCUGGAGUCCCAGUUGUACUGGCUGGCACUAAACUAGACCUUCGUGAGGAUAAGCACUAUUUGGCUGAUCAUCCUGGAUUGGUGCCCGUGACCACAGCACAGGGUGAGGAGCUCCGUAAACAGAUUGGUGCCACAUACUAUAUAGAAUGCAGCUCCAAAACUCAGCAGAAUGUGAAAGCAGUUUUUGAUGCUGCAAUCAAGGUUGUUAUCAAGCCACCACAAAAACAAAAGGAGAAAAAGAAAAAGCCACGUAGAGGAUGUCUAAUAAAUGUCUUCUGUGGGAGGACUCUGCAUCUGAAAUGAAAUCUCAAUUGUUGAUUUGCGCCCAUACUAACACGAUGCUUUGGUACCGUCACAAAAUAUCGGGAUCCUGUUAGUUCACACUUCAAUGUUCCGUCUUUUGUAGAAAUGCAGCAGAUGUCUCUCUUAAUGCCACUUGAAUUGUGGGCUCUCUCCCUCUCCCUCUCCCUCUUUCUGUAUGUGUUUGUGUUGAGUGCAUUGUGGCUAAUACCCUUAAAUACAUUCUUCGUCUUCGUUUUUCUUCAUUUUCGUGGUUCAUUGUAAAGAGUAAAAAGUUCAAUGGCGUUGUUUCAAGUAAAAUAUGCAGGUGAAUGCUUGUCCGUGUCAUUUAUUUUAUGUACUGUAUAUAUAUGAAUGUAUUUUUUGCCUGCAAAGCAAGAAAUUACUAAA